CUUUUUAUGUGAUCACAUUUUGGAUCGAUCACGAAAAUGGCUGCUCUUCGGACCCGUGUCAAAGCAAGUGCGACGCCGUCAUCCAACGGGAGCAGCCUUAACGUUGUGUUCGUGCAUCCCGAUCUGGGGAUCGGUCGUGCGGAGCGUCUCGUCGUGGACGCUGCUGUGGCACUGCAGAGCAAGGGCCAUUCCGUCCGCUUCCUCACUGCUCACCACGACCCCUCUCACUGUUUCCCGGAAACCCGCGACGGCACUCUGGAAAUCUGUGUCGUGGGUGAAUGGCUGCCGCGGUCUUUAGGCGGACGACUGCACGCGCUGUUCGCCUACCUGCGCAUGAUCGUUUGCGCAGUGUGGAUCAUCGGCUGGAGUGGCUGGCAGUAUGAUGUCGUCUUCUGUGAUCAGGUGUCAGCCUGCAUUCCCGUGCUGAAAUGGAGCGGAAAGCCGGUGAUCUUCUACUGCCAUUUCCCCGAUAUGCUCCUGACGCAGCGGGCUUCGUGGUUGAAGCGACUGUAUCGUGCGCCCAUCGACUGGCUGGAAGAGUGGACGACGGGAAAAGCAGACUGUAUCCUCGUCAACAGCAAAUUUACCGAUUUCUUGGUCGUUGUUUUUGAAAGCGACAAGAUUCCCAUGCUGUUACCAAUGAGCAAGUCGGCAACAAAAGCACAGUGGGAACUGUGCGAUGGGUAUGACUAUGGGGAAUUCCUAGUGCCUGGCAAUUUCAUCAGCGUCCAUUACAAGCGUGAAGGGAACACAAAGCAAUUUUUUGAUGCCGAAGUUGUAUUAGUUACCAACAGCAAGGAGAAAGCUCUUGCGCGUUUUAAUUCACUGAAGCCAAGAAGCGGAAAGGUAGACGUAUUUGAAUGUUGGAAGUCGACUUCCAUAAAUACACAUAUCCGCCAUAAAAUUUGGAUUAAUUUUUUGAUUCAGAAAAAACAGCCGUUUACCCCAUCGAAACGGGCAGCCGCUGACGCGCUUUUCGAUGAAAUCGGCAAUUUGGGCACCGAACAGGACUGUGUUACUGGCGGGACUGAUAAAAACCAGAAGUCUGUUUGGAAAUUUGAUCCGUAUACUGGAAAACCAGUGGACGGUGAAACUGAGAGCAAGGAAGCGGGCCGAAAUUCCCAGCACCAG